GUGUCAUCAAAUCAAAGUUUUUCUCGCGAAGUCGCAGCUCGAGGGCUUGUUCUUUUCGAGCGUAUUAUUUAUCUUGUUUCAUUAAUGAUUCCUAAACUACUGAAGUUUGAAAAAUCUGUCUUUCAUGGUCAUGUCUGUGGAUAAAUAAUGUUAGAGUAAAAGACAGUUUACAGGAAAAAUGAAGCUCGUUUUUAAAAGUAUCGAAAGGGAUGGCUGCGGGAGCAUCGGCCUCAUACCUGAGGAGUCUGAAGACAUGUGGCAUGCCUACAAUCUGGUUGCCGUGGGAGAUGCGGUCACAGCGUCCACUGUCCGGAAAGUUCAGACCGAAUCCUCAACGGGUUCAUCAACCAGCAACCGCGUGAGGACCACACUCACUAUCACUGUGGAGACCAUCGAUUUUGAUACUCAGGCAUGUGUGCUGAGGUUGAAAGGACGCAAUAUUGUAGAGAACCAAUAUGUAAAGAUGGGUGCCUACCAUACAUUAGAUUUAGAAUUAAAUAGAAAAUUCACUUUACAAAAACCAUUAUGGGAUUCUGUGGCUUUGGAGAGGGUGGAGAUGGCAUGUGACCCAGCGGCCAAUGCUGAUGUGGCCGCAGUAGUGAUGCAGGAAGGCCUGGCACAUGUUUGCCUGAUCACACCCUCAAUGACUUUAGUCAGAUCAAAGAUUGAUAUUACUAUCCCUAGGAAACGAAAAGGAUUUGUACAACAACAUGAAAAGGGUCUAAAUAAAUUCUAUGAUGCUGUCAUGCAAGCAAUCUUAAGGCAUGUGGACUUCAACAUCGUGAAAUGUGUAAUUGUUGCAUCACCGGGUUUUGUGAAGGAUCAGUUCUUUGAGUACAUGAUGCAACAAGCUGUGAAAACUGAUAAUAAACUAUUGAUUGACAAUAAAAGCAGAUUCUUAUUAGUGAAGGCCUCCUCAGGAUUUAAACACUCAUUAAAAGAGGUAUUACAAGAACCAGCAGUAAUGGCUAAAAUAUCAGACACAAAAGCCGCCAGUGAGGUUAAACUAUUGGAGAAUUUCUACACUAUGUUGCAACUUGAGCCAGCCAAAGCGUUUUAUGGGAAGAAACACAUUGAGCGAGCAAAUGAGGCUUUAGCCAUAGAGAUACUAAUGAUUUCUGACAAAUUAUUCAGGUGUCAAGAUAUACAGCAAAGGAAAGAAUAUGUAGCUCUAGUUGAUUCAGUUCGAGAGAAUGGAGGCGAAGUGAAGAUUUUCUCUAGCAUGCAUGUGUCUGGGGAACAGUUAGACCAAUUGACGGGAAUAGCAGCCGUUCUACGUUUCCCUAUGCCAGAGCUGGAAGACAGUGAUGCAGAAGGGGACAGCGACUCUGAUUAGGAUAAUUAUUAAUUUAUUGAUUUCUGUCCAUCCAUACUAGCUAGUAACAUAUACGCUAGAUAUACUCGUCAUACAAGUUCUUCCACUUCUAGAAAAAUAUAAUAUUUAUGUAUUUAAAUGUACUGCAUUACAAAAAGUAAGUACUGGCUGAUAGAAAUGGAUUUUGUUACUACACUAUUAUUUAAAAACGACGCGGCGACAGUUUGGAGAUUAUCUUGUAUAUUAUGUCUGUGAGUUUUGACGAUAUCUAUAAUGAUAAUAAGUCGUCAAUACAUUAUUUUUCUAAAUUAUUUAGACUUAUAACUAAUGACGACUAUAAAUACAUACAUGUAAAAUUAAUUUGAUGUUGUUGCUAUACAAAAGCGAUUAGUCUACAAGUCAGAUGUAAAAGACAGUAAUGUUGUUAGUAAAAUGAUUUUUAUGUAAAUUUAAUAUUGUUUCUAAAAGAAUCGCAAACAUAUUUUGAUCUGCUCAACUUGUGGGACACUGUAUAGCAUAUUUAUAUAGUAACAAUUUUUUGUACAAUGUAGAAUUUGUUUUAUUUUUAUUAAAUGUCUGGUACAUCUACAUUGGUACUAAAUUUAUACAGAAAAUAGUGUGAUAAGCCAUAAACUGAUGUACCAAAGUAAUUUUGUUACUUAUAAAUGACUAAAUAUUAUUGAUUGUCUUAUUUCAUUGUUAUUUCAAGGAAAUAUCCUCGUUUUUAUAUUGUGAUGUAAAUAGAGUAUAAAAUAAUUUAGCACAAUACAGAAAUAAAAGAAACAAUUAUUUUGAA